AUGAAAUCCGACACUGAAAUGGACCCUUUUCCUCAACAACAACAAGAAUUGAAAAUCUUGUCUCCUCAAAGGAAGCUUCACCAACAACACAAGACAACAACAGAAACAUCAACAAACAAUCAUGACCAGCAAAUUGUUCUUGUUGAUAAGCAAGAUAAAACCAACGUUAAAAAUGGCAAAGAAAAAUCAAAAAGAAAAGGCGCCAAUCAUCACAGUACACUACCAACAAUAGUUGCUUCAGACGGAUUAAUAGUAACUACAAGAACAUCUUCGGUAGUUGUAAAAGAUAAUAGUAAUACGGCUACGAAGGUUGUAAUUCCACCAUUGGAUUUGCAAAUUGUUACAGAGAAGAAAAAGAAGAUAAUAACCAAUUUGAAGAAUAGUCAUCAUCAACAACAACAACAGACUGCCAUCAUGUCUGACGAUAAUAAUAAUCUAAAAGAUGAAACAGCAAGUCCUGUUCUCGCUGUUCAAAUAUCAAAAAGCCUUGUAAAUAAUAACAAUAAUAAUCUGAUGAAGACUACAUUUAGUAAUAUAAUUGAUCAGUCAUCGUCGUCAGUAGUUAGGAGUGGAAGUGUGAGUAGUGGAUUGGACAAUGAGGAUAAUAUGAAUGAACAACAAUAUGAAUCACCUGCUAGCACUCCGAGAAUGUUUUCACCUUCAUCUACUUUGAAUUUUAAUGCAAUGUCCCCGAGAGAGUUUCCACUGGAUAGUCCACAUCAAUUGCCUGGACAGUAUAAGCAACCUCUUCCACAGAGUGUUGAUAUUCCAGCAGUGCAGCCACCUACCAUUGAAAUUACGCAACAACACAAUGUUUCAGAACAUGAAACAGCUGUGGAUUUAUCAUCUGUUGAAACUCAUGAAACUCAUGAUAGCGAACACACUAAAACAGUAGCUCUUUCAACAAGUAGCAGUGUAAAUAAUUCAUCUCCAGCUAUUACUGAUAUUGGAAAUCAUGAGGAUAAACGUCACUCAACAAGAUCUAGGUCAAAUAGCACAAAAAGCUCACAAUUCAAUAGACCUUUGGAAAGAGCUCAUACAGCUCCAAACAUUAUUACAAAGAAACAACCCGAGAAACAUCAUUCAAAGACUAGCUCACGAUUUUCAAACAAGUAUGGCCAAUCAGAGUACAAGACAUUUAUUAAACGUACACUUAAAUUGAAAGAGGUUGGUGAUAUGAGAGUAAGAGGAAUUUCAUUGAAAUAUGAAACAAAUUAUCAUGAAUUCCUAGAAGAAGCUAUUCCACACAAGACAUUUGUUACUGAAAUGAAUCUUCUAAACCAAUUUUUGAAGAGCAAUGAACCAGGUACCAAGUACUGUUGUCUUGGAUUCACAUUCUUUUGUUGUACUCUUGGAUUAUCAAUGCUGCCUUUUGCCUAUCAGCUUUCACAUUUUGAAACUGUAGUAAGAAAAUAUUUGGAUGAGUUAAACAAAAAGUAUGCCAGUGUUCACGUAAGCUGGAAAUUGGUUCCAUCUACAACACCAAGUGAUGACUCUUACAUUGUUGUUUCUUUGGAAAAGGAAAUUGAUCCAAAAGAUUUGGAAAAAUUGGAAAUCUCCUAA